UCAAUAUGACGUUUAUGAUGUUAGUGGGCCACCCUACGAAGAUGGCAAAAAUAGACAUGGUGUUCUCAGGUUAGCGUGAUUGGGCGCAUUUUACGUUGUUGCGUAAGGGUGGAUCGUCGAGAAUUGAAACAAACAGCGUUCUUUUCUUAAAAUUUAUGAUUUUCGUUUUGUGAUGGUAUAGAAUGUAGAUCAUUAUGGUGGAGAAGGUGGAGGGUUUCCUAAUGUAUCGAAAGCCGGUUUACAGGAUUUUCCAGUACUUGGAAACUGAUGUAUCCCCAACAACCUCCUUGAGUCAUGGUUCACCUGUAAGAUGUGUUCCACUGAGAAACAAUAUGGAUAGUCCUAAAAAAUCUCCACUGAGCCCAGUAUCUUCGGAUAAGGCCACAGUAAAGGUCUGUUUUCCAAGUGGUGGCUUCAAUCUAAUAAAAUGUGGGGACUCCAUUGAUAUUAAAAGUAUAAUUUCCAUAGUUACCGAUAGACUAUCUACCGUAGGUGAAAGGUAUUACAAAAAAUUAUACGCGGUGAGGUUAUGUCGCAUAUCUUUCAAAGAAUCGUAUUGGUUACAUCAAGAUAUGACAAUGCAGCAGGUAUACGAGAAAUACAUAAAAAAACAUCCUAAUUCGGAGUGGAGGUAUGAACUUCGGGUGAGGUAUUUUCCAUUCAGUCUUCAGGAUUUAUGUGAGAAGGAUAACGUAACGUUUUAUUUCUAUUAUGAUCAGGUCAGACAAGACUACCUUUCGCAUUCCCAUUUGAGGUUAGACCAGGAAGUGGCAGUGCAGCUUUGUUGUCUAGAAAUUAGAAAAUACUUCAAGGACAUGCCUCAAAUAGCUUUAGAUAAGAAAUCAAACUUUGAGUACAUUGAAAAAGAAGUGGGUAUGCAUAAGUUUGUACCUCAAACAAUACUUAAUACGAUGAAAUCAAAAUCGUUGCGGAAAAAUAUACAAGCUCAGUUUAAAAAGUAUGUCGGGCUUGGUGUAGACGAGUGCAUGUUGAAAUUCUUGGCAAUACUUAAAGUGUACUAUCAGUUCGAUCAAGAGAAAUUCAAGGUUGAGCUGGGAAGUAGUUGGUCAGUACCGGUCGAACUAGUAAUUGGGCCGGAAGUAGGUAUCUCGCACACGACAUCUCAGUCGAUUGGUACAACGAAAAUAGCGGACUUCGACCAAAUCCAGGCAAUUCAAACUCUAGUCAGUGAUUGUGAUGAACACACCAAAGCCACGUUGCAGCUGAAAGUGGCCGGUGCGCAAGAGAUAUUAUUCUUCACAUGUCCUUCCUUGGAGGUAGCUGAAAGCUUAGCUGAUCUAGUCGAUGGUUAUUAUAGGAUUCAAACAGGAAGUCACACAUCUAUCUGGAACAUGAAAGCUACUGUUUGGAAACAGUUUCCUUGUCCUUGUAAAGAUUCCUAUUCAUCAAAACAGAAAUAUGGUAAUAAAGGAAAUAUUCCUGAUACUCCGACUGGAAGUAUGCUUUUAGAAGAUUAUGCCGAGAUUGUUGACGAAGAAGGAGACUAUUCUACGCCAUCGACCAAAAACUACGAGUUGGACCGAAGUAGAUUAGAGUUGGGGGAAAUUCUUGGCGAAGGACAAUUCGGAGAUGUUCACAGUGGAACAUUCGUUGGUAAAGACGCCAAUUUUAUCCCUGUGGCUGUGAAAACUUGUAAAGGUGACGCUGAUCUUGCUACAACAGAAAAGUUUCUCGAGGAAGCAUAUAUUAUGCAGAAAUUCGACCAUCCUCAUAUAAUAAAACUUGUCGGCAUCUGUUCCGCCUCACCCGUAUGGAUUGUGAUGGAACUGGCUCGUCUAGGUGAACUGCGCUCCUAUCUUCAGAACAACAAAAACCGUCUAGAUCUAGCCACUUUAUUGCAGUAUGCAUUCCAGUUGUCUACAGCUUUGAGUUAUUUAGAAUCUAAGAAAUAUGUACAUCGUGACAUAGCAGCUAGAAAUGUUUUAGUCAGUAGUCAUAUUUGUGUAAAAUUGGCAGACUUUGGUUUAUCACGAUGGAUGGGUGUUGAUCAAAGUUAUUACAAGGCUUCUAAAGGAAAACUUCCUAUUAAAUGGAUGAGCCCAGAAAGCAUCAACUUCAGAAGAUUCACUACUGCCAGUGAUGUGUGGAUGUUUGGUGUAUGUAUGUGGGAAAUCUUAAUGUUUGGUGUCAAACCAUUCCAAGGUAUAAAAAAUAAUGAUGUGAUAGGUAAAAUUGAAAAUGGAGAGCGAUUACCCUUACCUUCAAAUUGUCCUCCUAGAUUAUACUCAUUAAUGUCACAGUGCUGGGCAUAUGAACCCAGUAAAAGACCAAAGUUCAAAGAAAUAAAAGAGAUCCUUCAAGAAAUCCUCAUGGAAGAGAGAUCUUGUCAACAAGAUACUCUGAAAAGAGAGAAUAGAAAAUUGGCAGCCAUUUCUUGGGGGCCUACUGAGGAUUCACCACCUCCAAAACCGUUAAGAUAUCCCCUACAAGGAGAAAUAUCUUCUUCUCUGGCCUCCUUGGAUUUGGAAGAACCUAUCGGACCACAAACAUACAUCAUAGCUCAAAAUUCUGAAGUAUUAGCCCAUCUUAUGAAGGAAAACGAAAACAGAGGAUUAACACCUGCAGCUUACACUACACCAGCCUCGGUAUUUAACACAGUAGCUGUAGUUUUCGAACAGAAAGAGGACAUUUCCACACCAAUCCUUAAAACCACCCUGAUUCCUGUCCAAAAUUUACAUAAAUUAGAUCCUGAAGUUCCACAUAAUAAAAAUUUGAAAACUGGUAAUUUAGAUAGAGCUCCUUCGCGAUCUGGUAGUACUGGUUGUCCCACCCCAAACAUGGGAUCUCUAGAGAGAAUAGUUCCAACCAAACCAGAAAAUACCUCUCCAGAAAAGAAUGCUUUUUUAAUUCAUAGCAGUCACAGUAGUUUGGAUAAAUCUGGAAUGUUCAGUCCAAAAUUAGGUUCUUUAGAACGUAAAAAUAAAACAGGGUCGCCUAUGGGCUCCCUAGAAAGAUCACACUAUAUUACCCCAAGUAUAACACCCAGAAUGGGUUCAUUAGAAAGAAAUGUACAUAUUCCUUAUCAAGAAUGCUUUCCUAAUUAUCAUCCCGAAACAACGUAUCAAUUCAAUGAUAAAUUUCGAGACCUGCAGCAAGUCGAAGAAAGUAUAUACGAUUUUGGAGGGGUUGAUGUCAAAAGCUGCGCACAUAAGCAGCAGUUCUUCGUGCAGAAUAAAGAUGAGCAACCACAAGGAGCUCAGCCCAAUCAGUCGCUUUAUGGAAAUGAGUUACUAGAAUACCAUCGAUAUCACUUUGGAAAUGUCUCUAGUUUCGGACAUCAUAUCUUGGAUCAGACAUUGAAACAGCAACAGUUGGAAUCAGAAGAAGACUCUAGGUGGUUGGCCGAAUCAGAGAGUAGUCUGAAGAAACGUCUGAGUACAAGUGCACCAAUAUCUGAACUGGAUUUUCAAAGUGAGCUUGUACAAUCGCUGACAUCAUUACCUACUAGUCCUAUAUGCAUGAAUUAUAGCGACUCCCAAGUUUCCUAUCAAUUGAGUGGGAGCUUUGAAAAUAUGUGCUUGAGUGGGAAUGGUCAACAGAGUAUUACAUCAUCUCAAUGCAGCAGUAAGAGUCAUUCAGCAACAGGAUCUUUGACAAGUAACAUGACAAUUAAACAGGAAAGAAGUACUGCUUCUCUGAGUGAAUCAGAAAGCACUGAUUCAGAAAUAGCCAAGACAGUUACUCCUAAGCUGAGAUCCGAGUUGGAUAGAAUUAAUGACAAAGUUUAUGAAAGUACAACUCAGGUGGUGAAAGCGAUAAUGUCCUUAUCUCAAGGAGUCCAAGAAGCUUACGCUGAUCAAUAUUUAGAAUUGGUGAAGAAAGUGGGAUUUGAAUUGAAAUUGCUGCUCACAAGUGUAGAUGAAAUAGUGGUCGCUUUUCCGGCUUCUGCCCAGAAAGAGGUGGAAAUGGCACACAAAGUAUUAUCUAAGGAUAUGUCUGAACUGGUGAAUACUAUGAAAUUGGCACAACAGUAUAGUAACACUACCUUGGACACUGAAUAUAGAAAGGGAAUGUUAGGAGCUGCUCAUGUUUUAGCAAUGGAUUCCAAGAACCUCUUAGAUGUUGUAGAUGCAAUACGAAUACGUUACCCUCAUAUAAAUGAAAACAUAUUCAAUGCCAAACACUUCAUCUUGGAAUCUGAAGAACACAGUAGUUCCAAAAAAGCCGCAGAAAAUCAAGAUAUGAUCAAGCCCACAGAUGAUUCAUUCAAUUAUUCUGGCGACCCUCCUAGUUCACCAAUAUCCGUAUCUUGUACCUUUGUGUCCAAGCAUUCUCAGACUCAAACUUCUUCAUCAUCACCCAGUUUUAACAUGGGACCUACAUUAGAUAGUUAGUGAAAAUAUUUUGUUUUUUAAUUCAUCUCAUAUAUAUUGCAGCUUCGAAUGCUCUUCAAUUAGAGUAUGAAAAAAUUAUUUCAUUCAAAACGAUUGUAGAAAAAUCAAUCAGAAAUUUGUCAUUUUCAUAUUUAAGAUUAACUUGUCCAUUUUGAAUAUCAUGUAAAUGAAAUUAUAUUGAACAGCUUUUUUCUCAUAUCGAUAUAAACAUUUUUCGUAUAUUUUAGACUAUUUUUUUUAAGGAAAUCUAUGAUAGCAAUUCGAUUUUCAAGUUCAAAUCAUUGAUGCAUGAUUAAAUUAUAUUAUAUUAUUAUAAGUAGAAAAUAAAUUUUUAUGUUCACUUUCCAUUAAGGGAUAUAAUUUAUAUCAUAUCCGACCAAGCGAAAGUAUAUCUAAAAUCUAUACUAUUUAAUAUACAUAUAUUAUAGUUUUCGUGAAGAAGCGCUAUAUUGGAAAGCACGACCAGUGAUAUAAAUUCAUUUCCCGGGUUAAAACAUAUAUAAUGUGAUGAAGAGCCACCUUAACACAGCAUAUUUAUGUUGUAGGUAUAGUAAGCCUUCACAAAUGUCAUUUUAUCAACAUUUUCGAUAACAAUUCAUUUUGAAGCAGUGAUUCAAUAAUGAUAUGAUUUUUUUUUGUGAUGAAAUUAAUAUAUUCAUUUGAUCUUAAAUUCAUGGAUAUAACUAGGAAUAAAUUGCAUGGAGACAGAGUUUUGUAUAUUUAUAUUUUUUUGUAAGAUAUGAAAAUGUAUUCGUUCUGAGCUUAAGAAAAUAAAAUUAAUGAAUUUUAA